UAUUCACUCGAACCCAUAACGUUAACAUCUUCUUUUACAAUGAACUCUUUUGUAUCAUUUCUUUCUCUUUUAACUCCAUUUUUGGUCACCCUUUUAGUUCUUAUCCUUUUAGUAGAACAGAUCUCCUACUUACGAAAAAAACGAAAUGUCCCUGGUCCAAACAUGGUCCUUCCAUUCUUGGGAAACGCAAUUACAUUAGUCAGAAAACCGACAAGGUUCUGGGAACUUCAAGCUGAAUUGGCAGCUUCUGUCGGAUUCUCUGUUAAUUAUGUUAUCGGGCGGUUCAUCGUCUUUGUCCGAAACACUGAACUUUCUCACCUCAUAUUUGCCAACGUCCGACCCGAUGCUUUUUUACUUGUGGGACAUCCAUUUGGUAAAAAACUCUUCGGCGAACAUAACUUGAUUUAUAUGUUCGGACAGGAUCACAAGGAUCUCCGCCGUCAUAUAGCUCCUAAUUUCACUCCCAGAGCGCUGUCAACUUACACCGCGUUACAGCAGAUCAUUAUUCUCAAACAUUUAAAAUCAUGGGAGCUUCUUUCCUCGGAAUCGCAGGCUGAGCCGAUUUCUCUCCGUCUUUUGGUUCGUGAAUUGAAUCUAGAAACUUCUCAAACCGUCUUCGUCGGCAGGUAUUUAUCUCUUGAAGCUCGCCAGAAAUUCAGAGAGGAUUAUAAUCUUUUCAACAUGGGUUUAAUGAAGCUCCCAUGUGAUCUACCUGGUUUCGCGUUUCGAAACGCCAGGUUGGCGGUUGAGCGGUUGAUCAAAACCCUUACUGAUUGCGUUGCUCAAAGUAAAAAGAGAACGUCCGAAGGAGACGAACCUUCUUGUUUAAUCGAUUUCUGGAUGCAAGAAAACAUUAGAGAAAUCGCAGAGUCCAAAACGGCGCCGCCUCACUCUACCGACGAAGAAAUUGGCACUUACCUCUUUGAUUUCCUCUUCGCAGCUCAGGAUGCCUCCACGUCAUCGCUCCUUUGGGCGGUGUCCCUUCUCGACUCACAUCCUGAUGUUCUCUGGAAAGUUCGGGAGGAAGUUUCGAGGAUAUGGUCGCCGGAAUCGGAUGCUUUAAUAAGCGCCGAGCAACUGAAGGAAAUGAAGUACACGCAAGCGGUCGCGCGUGAGGUGGUGAGAUAUCGUGCGCCGGCGACGUUAGUCACACACAUUGCGAUGGAGGAUUUCCCGUUGACCGAGUCGUACACGAUUCCCAAGGGGUCGAUUGUUUUCCCAUCGGUUUACGAGUCAUCCUUCCAAGGGUUCACGGAUGCUGACCGGUUCGAACCGGAACGGUUCUCGGAGGAGAAGCAAGAGGACUUGACUUGCAAACGGAACUACCUGGCUUUUGGGGCUGGGCCCCACCAGUGUGUGGGCCAAAGGUACGCCUUGAAUCAUCUGGUGCUUUUUAUUGCCAUGUUCGUCACGUUGCUCGAUUUCAAGAGGCACCGAACCGACGGCUGCGAUGAAAUCAUGUAUUGCCCGACCAUCUGUCCUAGAGACGGGUGCAAGGUUUUCCUCUCUCGGCGUUGCCCACGCUAUCCUGCUCUCUCUGUUAAUUGACCAAAAGGCCCUUCUUUGUUCUCUGUUUCCGUGUCCGGGACAUCGGUGCCGGGAAUUGUUGUCGUUUGUCUUUGUCGUUGUCGUUGUCGUUGUCUCUCACGUUCACGUUCUUCAGGGGUGGAACAGUCAAUUCAUCUGUGUGGGGUGCAUUCAUAGUGAUUGAUGGACUAUUUGGAUAAAAUUUUUUAAUUGAAGAAAAAAAAUUUGUGUUGGAAACAUUGAUUGGGUGGGAAAAAUGGAUUGGUGUUUAGGUAUCAAAUAAAAAAAUGUAAUUUCAGUUUUAAUUACAUUUUCCUUUGUUUCUCAUUGUGAUUCUGUGAAUAAUAUUAAAUUU